UUCUGCCCCUUCCUUUCCAGUCCCGACCCGACGCCGCUUGACCCGCCGAGUUCUUCCAGCGUUUUGUGUGUGUUGCUCAAGAUUUCCAGUUUCUGCAGAAUCCCUUGUUUACAUCCCUCCUCGCUCCGCCCACAGAGGGAUGUCUUCGAACGUCAUGGCGUUACCUCCCUCAGGAGCAGUUUAAAAAAAAUAAAACCGUAUGCUCUGUUUACGAAGCAGAUGCUGCCUGACUUAGGCAUUCCUUGUACUUUCUGUUUUUAAUGUGGAUUUCGAUCGUCUGCAAGAUCUUCCUGUUGUAAUUAUUGUUGCCUUUAAUUUCCUAAUGGCACUGUUCACAAAGGGCUUUGUUUCUUUGAUUCGUACAACUGAAGCGAUGAGCCGAAUGUUCAGUACCUCGACAGUCUGUGGAGCUAUACAGAAGAUGACCAGGGUGCGGGUUGUGGACAACAGUUCCCUCGGCAACACCCCGUAUCAUAGGCCGCCCAAGUGCAUUCAUGUGUAUACCAAAAAUGGCAUCGGCAAAGUAGGAGACAAAGUCUUGUUGGCAAUCAAAGGACAGAAGAAGAAGGCGUUGAUUGUCGGUCACAAGAUGCCUGGACCUCGGAUGACACCCAGGUUUGACUCCAACAACGUGGUGCUCAUUGAAGAUAAUGGCAACCCAACAGGGACGCGCAUCAAGGUGCCUGUCCCCAAAGCUCUGCGGAAGAUGGGUGGUGAAUAUUCCAAAAUACUAGCCAUCGCUCAGAAAUUUGUCUGAUUGGGUAUCACCAACCUUGUGUUGUAAGCAUCAGUCACUUCCUGCAGCUUAAACAUCUGUUUUUCUUGCUACUUUAUUCCAAGAUUUGAAGAUUGUUCAAUUAUAUCAGAUGUUCAUUUAAAUAUUAAAAAUUUUAUGUCCUUGGUGCUUAUGAACUUCUUUCUGUCACUGUGAUAUUUGGUCAUGCUUUUCUCAUUUCAAACUAUUAUAUCAUUAUUUCCAUUUUAGUGUAUUCCUAACAUUGUGUUGUAGUUUCUGGUUGGAAGGUCUGUUUGUAAUCAAUUGUUGAGCCAUGCAGCCCAGAAACAGGCCCUUCGGCCCUCCGUGGCAUGUUGGCAAUAAUUUACCCAGCAAUAUUAAUUCAGUCCUAUACAUUGGUGAUUCAUGUGCUAGUCAUAGAGUAGCACAAUAAGGAAUCAGACCCUUUGGCCGAAUUUGUACAUGCCGACCAUUGUGCCCGCCAAGCUAGUCCCAUUUGCCCAUGUUUGGCCCAUAUUCCACUAGACCCUUUUAUCCAUGUACUUAUCCAAAUGUCUUUUUAAUGUUAGUGUACCUGCCUCAGGUACUUUUUCCUGGAAGCUCUCUGCUCUUUUGAUUUUACUUCCCCCUGCCCAGGGGGCAAAAGUCUGUGCAUUCACUCUAUCUAUGCCUAUCAUGGAUUUAUACACCUAUGUGCCAAGGAAUUAAGCCCUAGUAUGGACAACCUCUUCUGAAUUCAGGCCCCUGAGUCCUGGCAGCAUUCUUGGAAAUCUUUAUACUAAUUUCAGUUUAAUAAUUCAUUUUCUAUUUCCAAAUAUGGUCUUACCAACAUCUUGUACAUCUACAACAUGAUGUCCCUACUCCUAUACUUAAGGCCAGCUUGCCAGACACCUCCUUCACCACCCUGUCUACCUUUAACAUUGCUUUCAACCUUAUAUCUUUAAGUAAUUCCCUGUUUUAUUCUUCAAUGCUGUGAGGGUACCUGCCUCCACCAUCCCUCUUUGUAAACAAUUGUGAAUCUGGCUCAAGAGCAUGUAUUAAUCAUGAUCUUUCAAGAAUCACUUGAUUUGUUCAUCAUCCUAGAGAAUUGGAAGAUUGUAAAUGUCACUCCACUCUUUAACAAGGGAGAAAGGCAAAAGAAAGGAAAGCAUAGGUCAGUUAGCCUAACCUCAGUGGUUGGGAAAGUGUUGGAGUCUAUUAUUAAGGAUGAGGUUUUUGGUUACUUGGAGAUAAUAAAAUGUCCAAGUCAGCAUGGUUUCUGUAAAGGGAAAUCUUGCCUGACAAAUUGUUUAGAGUUCUUCAAGGAAGUAACACGCAGGGUGGACAAAGAAGAGGCAGUGGAUGUUACUUACUUUGAUUUUCAGAAAGAAUUUGAUAAGGUGCUACACAUGAGGCUGUUUGACGAGAUAAAAUCUGAUGGCGUUACCGGAAAGAUACGGGCAUGAUAGAGGAUUGUUUGACAGGCAGGAAGCAGUGAAUGGGAAAAAAGGGGGCUUGUCUGGUUGGCUGCCAGUGACUAGUGGUGUUCCUCAGGGGUCAGUUUUGGGACCACUAUUUUUCACUUUGUUUUCGGAUAAUACGAAGAUAGUAGGUAGUGCUGAGGAAGCAAUGUGAUUGCAGCAGGACUUAGACAAAUUGGAAGAAAGGGCAAAAAAGUGGCAGAUAGAAAACAGUUUUGGAAAAUGUAUAAUGCAUUUUGGUAAAAGGAACAAUAGUGUGGACUAUUGUCUAAAUGGGAAGAAGGUUCAAACAUCAGAGGUGCAGAGAGACUUAGGAGUCCUUGUGCAAGAGUCCCAGAAGGUUAAUUUACAGGUUGAGUCUGUGAUAAAGAAGGCAAAUGCAAUGUUGGCAUUUAUUUCAAGGGGAGUAGAAUAUAAAAGCAAUGAGAUAAUGCUGAGCUUUUAUAAGACACUAGUAUUUAUAAGCCAUACAGAGUAUGAUCAACAGUUUUGGGCCCCAUAUCUCAGAAAGGAUGUGCUCUCAUUGGAGAGUCCAGAGGAGGUUCAUGAGGAUGAUCCUGGGAAUGAAGGUGUUAACAUAUGAGGAGCGUUUGGCAGCUUUGGGCCUGUACUCACUGAAGUUUGGAAGAAUGCAUGGGGACCUCAUUAAAACCUACUGAAUGUUGAAAGGACUAGAUAGCGUGGAUGUGGAGAAGAUGUUUCCUGUGGUGGGGGUAUCCAGAACUAGAGGGCACAGCCUCAAAAUUGAGAGGCGACCCUUUAGGACAGAUGUGAGGAGGAAAUUUUAGCCAGAGAUAGUGAAUCUGUGCAACGUUCUGCCAGAGAUUGCAGUGGAAGCCAAGUCCGUGGGUAUAUUUAAGGGGGAAGUUGAUUGUUUCCUGAUUGGUAAGGGCAUCAAAGGAUAUGGUGAGAAGGGGUUGAGUGGUAUCUGGGAUCAGCCAUGAUGGAAUGAUGGAGUAGACUCAAUGAGCUGAAUGACCUAGUUCUUCUCCUAUGUCUUAUGGUCUAAGAGACUGUUUUUCUUAUUGGAGAAGAAUGUUAAUGAAUGACAAAUUUGGUAAAUUGGGUUAUUGUAAUGUACCGAGGUACAGUAAAAACAUGAAUGUAUGCCAUUUGUACAGAUGAUUUUAUUGCAGAAAUGCAUUGAGAAAUAAUGUGAAGUCUUUGCUGGGAGAAAAAGCAAAUGCAAUUUGGGGUAAGCAAAUCAAAACUGGACAAAGAUUGAAGUUGUGACCAAAGCAUUAAUAAUGUUUGAAGUUUAUGAAAGCCCUUGAUUUCGCAUAGCAAAGGGAACUAGAGAGAAUUCUAGUUUUCAAACAAUCCCAAAGGGCCUGUUUCCAAGCCGUAUUAGUCCAUGUGCAAUUGUAAUUGUGGUUUUGCAGAUAAACACAGGAAGUGUUAAAGUUUCUCAUACUGUGUAUAUGAAGGCCAUACACCAGUCAUGUGACAUCUACUCUCCAUGUUUGACAUUACAAUGCCAUUGUAUAACUUGGCCUGCAUCAUUCUAAUGAGGCAGAACCAUGUUUAUGGAUAGAACAAUCCAAUGUUUUCUUAUCACUGCCCAACCUGUUAAAGGAAAUAGACCCUUUUCUAUUUACUCCAUACAGGCCUCUCUUAAUUUUAUUCUUCUCAAAUAAAUCUCCACUUGAUGUUAGUGCCAAAAAAAAUGGCCACUGCUGCAGCAUCUUCUCAUUAACAAUAACUUUCCAGUCCUAGUCUUUGGGAUUUUCUCUACACUUCACUAAAUGUGAUCAUGUUGUUCUAAUGUCAUGGUAAAUUAUACUAUAGCAGUCUGACUAAUGUUGUACUGUUCUAGUGAGACCAUGUUCUUGUAUUUUAUGCUUUGAGUAAUAAAGGUAAAUAUCCCAUAUUCCUUAACCACCUAGAGAUCUCUAAAUAGUACACUCCCUCUAUUCCUUUGUACUCUUGUUUGUUAUUCCUGUCCGCACCUUGUGUCAUAAUGGGUGGCAACCUUGCAGUUUCUUUUGCAAUUUUUUUCUUACGAGGCUGAGUUGCUGGCUCGAUGCUCAACUCAGCACAGAUGGAACGCAUUCAAGGAGCCAGUCAGAUUUGAACUCAGGACCACUCUCCUCGAAGUCCAGUGCUGAUGCGACUAUGCCACCGGCUGGCUGAUACCUCUGUACUCAGUAUCGUUAAUUUGGACUUGUUUUGACAUGACUGUAAAUUAUGUAGAAUCUGCUGGAUCUGUCACACUUGGGGCAGGGGAAGUA